UAUAGAUUCUACAUCGACAAGGCAAGGCAUCAAGUGCAAAGAAUUCGACGACAUGCCGAGCCCGCCUGCGACCCUCUAUCCGACGGCGGUGACGGCCCUCCCAUCCCGACCCUACAUCCUGUCCCUGACCCCUCACCUCACCUCGACCUCUUCCCACCUCUUGCUCUCCCAUCCUUCCCCAGAGAUCACCAUCGUCGACGCUCAGACCUUUCAACUCGUCGACAAGCUCAAGGGAGGUCAUUCCAAGGACAUCAGCUGUGUGAUCACGAGCACGAGCGCGAGCACGGACGAGAUCGUGCAAGGCGGGUUUGCCAACGAGGGAAAUAUCUGGAGUGCGGGGGUAGAUGCUAAUGUCGUCAGGUGGGACGAGAGAUCCAGACGACCAGGUCAGACCAUCAAAGCGAACAUCCGAGGUCGAGGACUUCCCUUGCUCUCCCUAGCAGUCAACGAACCGUCCAACCUCCUUGUGACGGGAACGGAACUCGUCUCCUCCGAAUCUCAUCUGAUAUUCUACGACACCAGAUCUCCCUCCAAUCCGCUGUACACGCAUAGCACGACCCAUAGCGACGACAUCACCUCGCUCACCUUUCUCCCACCUUCUUCCUCGUACGCCCCCGCCUUGCCAGCGACGUCGAGCUCUGAGAACCCUACGCCCGGGUUGCUGUUGUUGAGCGGGAGCACGGACGGAUUGGUCGCGUUGACGAACCCUAAAGAGGCUGACGAGGAGGAAGCGUUUUACGGGGCCGAAGGAUUGGACGGGUCGGUCGCCAAGGCUGGGUGGUACAGGGCCGCUGUGGACGAGCCGGACAAGAAGAAGAAGAGGAAGAAUGGAGGAAAGAGGCAAGGGUUGAAAGUCUGGGGGAGGAGCGAUAUGGAUAGUGUGGGGACUUGGGAGAUGGGCAGAGGGGAGACGGGCGAUAUCGAGCUCCAAAACUCCAACCUCCAUCCGACCCAGACAUUUAAACACCUCACACUCUCACAAACGCCUCAAUCCUCCAGCCGGUCGCACAUCGUCUCCCAAGACCUCGAGACGGCCGAGGAAGAACAAGAACGUAAACGUUCUGGCAAAGUCAGGGUCGAUUAUCUGAUCGACGUCAUGAGCACCCUGGGUGUGAACGCCGGGUCUGGGGAAGCUAUCGCCGCCGUGGGGAGCAACGAAGGAGACAUCGUCCUCAUGCAUCAUCGAGCCGCAAAAGAAGGUCUAGGUGACUAUCAACCGUCGUUGUUCCUCCGUACGCCCCCGGAAGGCAAGGGAGAGGGCCAUCGGGACGUCGUCAGGUGCAUGUGGCACGAUGUCAGGUCUCAAGUGCUCUACACUGGCUCAGAGGACGGUAUCCUCGCCGGCUGGUCGCUCCCGCCUCUGUCCGAGAUCCGGACGGGUGACCGGGGGCAUGAUGAGGAUCCAGGCGAUGGGAGGGAAGAUGCCGAUUCGGACGACGAGAUGGACGUCGACCAAGAUGAAGAGGACGAAGAGGAGAGCGACGAGGAGGUCGUAUUCGGUCGAAGAAGAAGCGGGAAGAGGGAGGCGAGCGAUGUACUAGGCGCGUCUGAUGGGAAAAGAAGGAGGGCCGCGUUCUGAUCUGUUGUCCCAAUGUCAAGGGUUUACCUCAACAUAUGGUAAUGACAAUGCGCUGCAACAAACUUUGUUGACCGGCUUACUGCAGUUUGUGACUACGACUUCAAAGACACCAUAUCGCUUCGGAUCAUCUAGCUGGGCAGACGCACAAAAUUGACUGGGGCGUCUUGUGAUUCUUCCAUUCAGUUUAGCAUGUCCCGUUCGCGCUCGACGAAGAGGACAUGGGUAGACUAUGGACCUGUGGAGGGCAUGACUUUUCGCGGUAUGUCAGACUAUCGUGCCGCCUGUUUUUGCGGACGCGGUACAAGAUCACAUGAUCUGGUAUCGCAAUGAUGGUCGCCCUGCUCCCGUGAUCGCGAGCGAGA